GCUAAGUAAUGCCCUUUACUCUAGUGCUGCCAGUUAUGUAACAAAAACUAAAACAGGUCUCCUUUAAAAAAUAACUUUACAAAAUAAUUGAGUCAAUUUCUUUGCUGAAGCCUGUGUUCCCUGUUUCCUAUUGCAAAAGCCAUUUAUUGAGCAUUCAUAGCUUGUGAAAAUUGCUUUAUGAAAUAGAAGACCACAAGACUGAGUUGCCUGAAAUCCUUCUGACCACAACUGGGGGCAACAGGAACUCAAGAGGGCCUGGCUUCCAGGACAAUGGAGCCACCAGCUGGCCAGCUGAAUCCAUCAUGCCACUUAAAAAGUACAAGUGUGCUGGAAUCAAACAGGACUCAGAGGUAAUCCACAGGCCACUUGCUGAGUCCUGCCAAAUCUGCACCUGCUGCCCUCUGAAAUGUAGAUCCCACUCCUUUUGGAGGAAAUGGGUGAAAGAGAAGUAUGAAGUGCAGGUGCAGUAGCAGAGUGGAACUUGAGUCACCCAUUCCCCAAACUCCCUGGACACCAACGCUGCUUCCAUCUCCUUCCCUUCAAAUUCUCUGCCACGGGACCAUCAAAAUGGUAAUAUUUUGGCAAAUUAGUAUAAUAGCCAAUGCUUCAGAAGAAAAAAGGAAAAUUCCAUCUACUUAAUAUACAGAAAAAAGGGAGGUAAAUGUGGGCAUUACUUCUUGUCGCACAGAUCAGUUAUGUGGGUUCCUGGAAAGGGUGGGUGCCCUCUGUGUGUAUGCCUGAGAAAGUCCCUGAAGGCUGCUUUCUGUAACUCAACCCUCCUGAAACACUGAAAAGCUAGUGAAAAGAUUUCUCAGCGGACGCAGAACAAGAGGGGACAUCUGAUGCCUGCUUUAUUCAGUCACGAGUAAUCUGUCUUGCCUCACUCACUUUUGUUAGAAUUGAGUAAUAGGCAGCAUGCCUUCACUUGAGCCCAGCAGAUAUAAGCACCAUCCUUACAGGCUGGCUUCCUGACUGAGAGCAAGGAGCAGCAGGCAUGGGGCACGCCGGGCGCCAGUUCCAGGCCCUGCUGUGGAAGAAUUGGCUCUGCAGACUCAGGAACCCGGUUCUUUUCCUUGCUGAAUUCUUCUGGCCUUGUAUCCUGUUUAUAAUUCUGACAGUACUUCGUUUUCAAGAACCUCCCAGACACAGAGACAUUUGUUAUUUGCAGCCCCGAGAUCUGCCCAGCCGUGGCAUUAUCCCCUUUGUUCAAAGCCUUCUUUGUAACACUGGAUCAAGGUGCAGGAACUUCAGCUAUGAAGGGUCGAUGGAGCAUCAUUUUCGUUUGUCUAGGUUCCAAACUGCAGCUGACCCCAAGAAAGUCAACAACCUGGCCUUUUUAAAAGAGAUGCAAGACCUGGCCGAGGAAAUUUGUGGAAUGAUGGACAAGGCAAAAAACUUACAAAGACGUUGGGUAGAGCAAACCAAGACUCCAGAUUCUUCUUAUGGUUCCAGUUUUUUUACAAUGGAUCUCAAUAAGACCGAGGAGGUAAUAUUGAAACUGGAAAGCCUCCACCAGCAGCCUCAUAUCUGGGAUUUUCUACUUUUACUACCGAGGCUACACACAAGCCACGAUCACGUGGAAGAUGGCAUGCAUGUUGCAGUGCACCUUCUCCGGGCUGUUUUGAAUUCCUUAAUAUCCCUAGAAGAUUUAGAUUGGCUGCCACUCAACCAAACUUUUUCCCAGGUUUCUGAACUUGUACUGAAUGUGACCGUUUCGACACUGACAUUUCUGCAGCGACAUGGAGUAGCAGUCUCUGAGCCAGUUUACCACCUGUCCAUGCAGAAUAUAGUGUGGGAUCCACAGAAAGUCCAGUAUGAUCUCAAAUCCCAGUUUGGUUUUGAUGAUCUUCACACGGAACAGAUCCUGAACUAUUCAGCUCAACUUAAGGAGAUACCCAUAGACAGCUCGUUGGAGAAGAUGGUGUGUUCAGUCUUGUCUAGCACAUUAGAGGAUGAAGCAGAGAGAUGGGGCCACACUGGAGACUGCCACCCCAAGUGGUCAGAAGCCAAAAACUAUCUUGUCCAUGCAGUCAGCUGGCUGCGAGUCUUCCAACAGGUGUUUGAUCAGUGGCAACAGGGCAGCCUGCUUCAGAAGACACUCAGAGGCCUGGGCUACAGUCUGGAGGCUCUCAGGAAUCAGUUUGAAGAAGAGAGUAAGCCCCAGAAGGUGGUGGAAGCUCUGCACACUGUGCUGCUCUUCCUGAAUGAGAACUUGACAGCAGAUGGCCCAAAAGAUAAUCGCACAUUUCCAAAGAUAUUACAGCAUCUCUUGAAAUUGCAGAGCAUGCUGCAAAACCUGCCCCAGUGGCCGGCACUGAAGAGAUUUCUUCAGCUUGAUGGAGCUCUCAGAAAUGCAAUAGCUCAGAAUUUACAUUUUGUCCAAGAAGUCCUCAUUUGCCUGGAGACAUCAGCUAAUGAUUUUAAACGGUUUGGACUUGACCAAUUGAAAAUGGAAAAGGAUGUGUUCUUUUGGGAGCUAAAGCAGAUGUUGACAAAGAAUGCUCUCUGCUCAAAUGGUCAUUUGUCUGAGAAGGAGAUCUUCUUGCCCUCUGGAAACUCCAGCAUAUGGGUUGGUUUCCAGGGACUGUUGUGCUAUUGUAACUCCUCCAAGAUCAGUGUUUUAAACAAGCUACUUGGUUCAGUGGAGGAUGCUGAUCGUAUUUUGCAAGAGGUCAUUACUUGGCACACAAGCCUGCCAGUUUUAAUACCGGAAGAAUAUUUAGACUGGCGGGAACUUCAGAUGCAGCUGUCAGAAGCAAGCCUUUCCUGUACUCGGCUCUUCCUGCUGCUAGGAGCUGAUCCCUCUCCUGAGAAUAGUGUCUUUUCUAGUGACUGUAAGCACCAGCUUCUCUCCAUAGUGAUAUUUCAUACACUUGAAAAAGUACAAUUUUCCCUGGAACAAGCAUAUUAUUGGAAAGCCUUUAUAAAGUUUAUCAGGAAGACUUGCGAAAUGGCUCAAUAUGUAAAUAUGCAAGAGAGUUUCCAGAACAGACUAUCAGCUCUUUCUGAGGAAUCUCCUUGUUACGAAGAAAACAUGGAUUGGAAAAUCAUCAGUGAUAAUUAUUUUCAAUUUUUGAAUAACUUAUUCAAUUCUCCAAUAACUUCCAUAUCUAGGGCUUUAAAUUUCACAAAGCAACUUCUAAUGAUGGAAAAGAAGUUGCACACCCUUGAGGAUGAACAAAUGAACUUUCUUUUAUCAUUUGUGGAAUUUUUUGAGAAAUUAUUGUUGCCUCAUCUUUUUGACUCCUCCAUCGUUCCCAAUUUCCAUAACCUCCCAUCUCUCACAGAAGAUAUUCUGAAUAUAAGCUAUUUGUGGACAAAUCAUUUAAAAAGUGUAGAGAGAGACCCACCUGCCAAUGAUGCUCAGAAACUCUUGGAAUUUGGCAAAGAAGUGAUUGGGAAAAUGCAAACUCUCGGAAGUCACUGGAUAAGGAAGGAACCAAAAAAUCUUUUAAGAUUUAUGGAAUUAAUACUUUCUGAAAUUGAUCCCAAAUUACUAGAAUUAUGGCUCUAUGGCAUUUCAAAAGAAAAAAGAGAUACAUUGGAAAACUUGUUUACACUUUUAAAUUUUUCUGUCCCAGAAAAUGAGAUUCUGACUACAAGUUUUAACUUUUCCCAGUUGUUUCAUUCAGAUUGGCCUCAAUCACCAGCUGUGAACAUAGAUUUUGUAUUUUUAAGUGAGACUAUAAUAAAUAGUCUCUCUGAAUUUGGAUUUUUGGAGCAUGAACAGGUCUCAGAAGCUUUGAACACAGUCUAUGCUAUGAAAAAUGCAUCUGAUCUUUUCUCAGCCCUUUCUGAACCUCAAAAACAAGAAGUUGAUAAAAUGUUGACUCACGUAUACCUAAAUGUCUUCAAGGACAAGGAUUCAGCUUUACUUCUGCAAAUUUAUUCUUCAUUUUACGAAUAUAUUCAUGAAUUCUCGAAUAUUCAGAGUAGAGGUUCUUUGCUAAAUUUCCUCACACAAAUCUCAAAACACAUUUUGGAUAUCAUAAAACAAUUUAAUUUUCAAAACAUCAGUAAAGCAUUUACAUUUUUAUUUAAGACAGUAGAGGUUCUUGAGGGAAUUUCUAAUGCAUCUUAUUGUCAGCAAUUCCUUUCAAUUUUCAACUUUUUGGAGCUUCAAGCCCAAUCCUUCAUGUCUACAGAGGGCCAAGAACUUGAAGUGAUCCACACUACUUUGACAGGCCUCAAACAGCUGUUCAUAACUGAUGAAGAUUUUCGUAUUUCUUUAUUUCAAUAUGUGGGCCAAUUCUUCAACAGUUCAGUAGAAGCCCUAUUGGAUAAUGAAUGCUUCAUUUCGGACAAUAAACACGUUUCUUCCGUGAAUUAUUCAAGAAGUGAAGAGUCUUCAUUUGUUCUUCCAUUGGCACAACUUUUUUCAAACCUCUCAGCAAAUGUCAGUGCAUUCAACAAGUUUGUAUCCAUUCACUGUACCGUUUCAUGGCUUCAAAUGUGGACUGAAGUCUGGGAAAGCAUAUCUCAGUUAUUUAAGUUUGACAUGAAUGUUUUCACAUCUCUUCAUGAUUGUGUCACUCUACUUUUGGAUGAAUUGGAAAAUGUUGUGAAAAUCUCUAAAAGCUGUCAGGGAAUAUUUCCCAUCCAUAAUGUUGCUAGACUCAUACUAAAUUUGUUUAAAAAUGUAACUCAAGCCAAUGACUUCCAUGAUUGGAAGGACUUCCUGGAUCUCAGGGAUUUUUUGGUAGCUUUAGGCAAUGCAUUAGUUUCAGUAAAAAAACUUAACUUGGAGCAAGUGGAGAAAUCCCUUUUUACCGUGGAAACUGCCCUGCAUCAGUUAAAGACAUUUCCAUUAAACACAAGUAGAAGCAGAGAGUUUUUUAAUUCUCUGCUCGAAGUUUUCAUUGAACUUAGCAAUAUCUCAGAAUAUAUAGAUAGAAAUGCAGGUUGGAUAAAUCAUUUUCUUUCAAAUAAUCUCACAAAUUAUGAAGAAAAAUUAGAAAAUAUCAUCACUGAGAUAAGGGAAGCAAUAUUAUUUCUUAGAAAUGUAUCACAUGAUCGAGGUUUGUUUUCCUGUGCUGACAUUUUCCAAAAUGUUACUGAGUUUAUUUUAGAAGAUGGCUCUUUAUACGCAAAUACCUCACAGAGAAUGUUACGUAUUCUGGCCAUGUUAAACUCCACAUUUUCCUCUGAGAACACAGUUAGCAGGCUGAAAGGAUGCAUUGUGUGGAUAGAUGUCAUAAAACAUUUGUAUUUGGUGUCUAACACAAGUUUUUCACAAGGCUAUCUUCAAAAUACUUUGGAGAAUUUCAGAGAUAUGGAAAACAAAAUGAACUCUAUAUUGAAAAUUUUAAGUUGGGUGUUAAAUAUAAAAAAAUCUCUUUGUUCAUCAAAUGACUCAAACAUAAAUUGUGUAAACAUUUACUUAAAAGAUGUAACUGACUUUCUAAAUAUUGUACUUACCACAGUCUUUAAAAAAGAGAAGAUACCUGAAUUUGAGAUUUUAUUAGCUCUUUUAAAUGAUUCCACAAAGCAAGUAAGGAUGAGUAUCAACAACCUAACAACGGACUUUGAUUUUGCACCUCAAUCUAAUUGGAAAUAUUUUAAUGAAUUAAUUCUAAGACCAAUAGAAAUGUCAGAUGAAAUUCCUAACCAGUUUCAAAAUAUUUGGCUGCAUUUAGUAACACUGGGGACAGAAUUUCAGAAGCUUGUAAAAGGUAUUUACUCUAACAUUCUGGAAAACAAUUCCUCUUCUAAAACUGAAAACUUGUUAAACAUAUUUGCUAUCAGUCCAAAAGAAAAAGAUGUAAACAGAGUAGGCAAUUCUAUUUAUCACUUAGCUAGUUACCUUGCCUUCAACUUAUCUCAUGAGCUCCAAAAUUCACCAAAAAUAAUUUCACCUGAAAUAAUGAGAGCUAUGGGUCUUGGUAUUCAACUGAUGAGGGAUGUGUUCAACUCCUUAAUGCCUGCAGUUCGUCACACUAGUCCACAAAAUACAGGUUAUAUGCAAGUUUUGAAGAAGGUAACUUUUGUCAUGCGUACUCUUAAGAAGGCGGACAUAGACCGUUUAGUGGAUCAGCUUCAACGAGUUAGUGCGAGCCUAAUAGAUUUCUUUAAGAAUGUCAGUAGUGUGGGAACUGGCGAUUUAGGGGUCAACUUGCUUGUUGGUUUGAUAGAAAAAUUUAUAGACAGCUCACAUUCUUGGAAUGUUAAUCACCUGCUGCAGCUCUCGCGCCUGCUUCCUAAAGAUGAUGUAGAUGCUGUGGUAAAUGUGUACUACAUGCUUCCUCAGGCUGUAAAGCUCCUGCAGGGAGUACUUAGUAAAAACAUCACUGAAGGCCUCAAGGAUGUCUACAGCUUCACACUCCUUCAUGGCAUAACCAUUUCAAACAUCACCAAGGAAGACUUUGCAAUUGUGAUAAAAAUUCUUUUGAAUAUUAUUGAAUUAAUAUCAGAUAAACCAGAUAUUAUUUCAGAGGCUUUAACUUGUUUUCCUGUGGUUUGGUGCUGGAAUCAUACCAAUUCUGGAUUUCAGCAGAAUUCAAAGGUAGACCCCUGCAAUGUCCAUGGGCUCAUGUCUUCUUCCUUUUAUGACAGAGUGGCUAGUAUACUUGAUCAUCUCCACCUCUCUCCCCAAGGUGACAAUUCACCGUGUUCAAACGAAAGCUCCCAAAUGGAAGUAACUAGGAAAGUGAUCUGUGUAAUUCAUGAAUUAGUGGACUGGAAUUCUUUUCUGCUGGAGCUCUCUGAAAUCUUCCAUGCUGACAUUUCUCUUGUGAAAACUGUGCAGAAAUUUUGGCAUAAGAUAUUACCAUUUGUCCCACUUUCAGUAAAUCAAACUAUGGAAAACAUCUCUGAACUUUGUCCUGGUGGUUCCAUAAAGCAAGUUGCUUUGCAAAUCAUAGAAAAACUUAAAAAUGUCAACUUUACCAAAGUUACAUCAGGUGAAAAUAUUCUUGACAAACUAGCUAGUUUAGACAAGAUCCUUAACAUUAAUGAAGACACAGAGACAUCUCUUCAGAAUAUUAUUUCCUCAAAUUUGGAAAGGACAAUACAAUUGAUUUCUGAAGAUUGGAGCCUAGAAAAAAGUACUCAUGAUCUACUCUCUUCAUUAAUGAUGUUUCUGAAUGCAAAUCUCACAGGUAGCAGCUUAGAAGCAUUAUCAACUUUUAUUGAAAAAAGUGAAACAACUUACAACUUUGAAGAACUAUGGCCCGAGUUUCAACAAACCAUGAAAGAUCUAACCCAAGAUUUUAGAGUCAGACACCUGAUUUCUGAAAUGAACAAAGAAAUCAAAAGUAUAAAUUCAGUGGUUGUUCAAAACAUAACUUUGCAACUUGCCCAUUUCCUGGAAAUUUUGGAUUCACCGUCAUUGAAGACAUUAGAAAUUAUUGAAGAUUUUCUAUUGGUCACAAAAAACUGGCUUCAGGAAUAUGGAAAUGAGGAUUACUCCAGAAUGAUAGAAACAUUAUUCAUUUCUAUAACCAAUGAGAGUUCAAUUAAAGAUAUAGCUUUGCUAACCAAAGCUAUUACUACUUUUUUGGGCUCUUUAAAAAAUAUUUCUAGAGAAGGCAGUUUUGAUGUUGCCUUUCUUACUCAUCUGUUAAACCAAGAACAAGUGACUAAUUUCUCUGUUGUUCAGUUGCUUUUUGAAAACAUAGUAAUUAGUUCAGUCAAUAGUAUAGCUGGGAACUCUCAAGAAGCAGCUUGGAACUUAAGUGAUACUGACCUUCAGAUAAUGAAUUUCAUUAACCUUAUCUUGAACCAUAUGCAAUCAGAAACAAGUAGGAAAACAGUUCUCCCUCUGAGAAGCAUAGUAGAUUUCAUGAAACAGCUUUUGAAAACAUUCUUCUCCCUUUUGCUAAAGAAAGAUUCUGAGAAUAAAAUAUCCUUUCUGCUGAAAGAUUUCCACAAAGAUGUUAUUGCCGAGAUGAGUUUUGUCCCCAAAGAUAAAAUUCUAGAAAUUCUGAAACUGGAUCAAUUUCUUACCCUGAUGAAAGAAGACAGAUUGAUGAACAUUUUUUCAAGUUUGAAGGAGACUAUAUAUCACCUAAUAAAAAGUUCAUUUAUAUUAAACAAUCAAGAAUUUUAUUUUGAUAGUCAUCAAGGACUGAAGUUUAUGCAAGAUUUAUUUAAUACCCUUCUCAGGGAAACUUCAAUUAAAAAUAAGAUUGAAAAUAAUAUAGACUUUUUCACAGUGGUGAGUCAGUUGUUUUUCCAUGUGAAUAAGUCUGAGGACCUGUUCAAACUCAAUGAAGAUCUUAGGUCAGCUCUUCACCUUAUAAGAGAAUGUUCAACAGAGAUGGCAAGACUUCUGGAUACAAUUCUAAACUCUCCUAAUAAGGACUUGUAUGCAUUUUAUCCCGCCCUCCAAGAAGUUAUACUUGCUAAUCUAACUCAUUUGCUUUUCUUUAUAAAUAAUUCAUUCCCUUUAAGAAACAGAGCAACAUUAGAAAUUGCUACGAGAUUACUUGGUGCUAUUUCAAGAGUUGAUGAAGAAAGUCGUGUCCCAGAACCCCUCUUAGAAAUGUCUGGGACUCUGGUCAUGCUGCUGAAUGACAGUGCUGACCUGAGAGAUCAUGCCACAUCAGUUGACUCCAUUGUGAAACUUCUUAAGCUGGCCAGGAAAGUUUCGGGGAUGAUGGCCACAGUUUUUAAAACUCAUUUUAUCUCCAAUACCACGGACACCGUGACCUUCUUUGACACUCUCUAUGUCAUCAUGCAACAAAGUGUUCAACAUCUUGUGAAAGAAGUAGCUACUUUGAAAAAAAUUGAUCAUUUCACAUUUGAAAAGAUAAAUGAUUUGUUGGCACCAUUUCCUGAUUUGGCCUUUGAAAUGAUUGGAGUCAAACGUAAUGUAUCACCAAACUCUGAUAUUUUCAGUAUGUCACCUAGCAUACUCUCAUAUAUGAACAAAUCUAAGGACUUUUCUGAUAUUUUGGAAGAAAUUGCUGAAUUUUUAACAACUGUGAAAGUCAACUUGGAAGAUGUGAAGAGUCUUGUGGUAGCAUUUAACAAUGAGACUCAAACAUUUUCUUUGGAUUCUAUCAAUUUAAUAGAAGAAAUUCUGGGUUGCUUAGUUCCUAUAAAUAACUUCACCAACCAAAUGGACUUCUUAUACUCUAAUCCAAUUUCCACUCAUAGUGGCCUUCAAGAUAUGAAAUGGGAAAUAAUUCAUGAAGUGAUCCCUUUUUUGGAUGAAUUACUAUCACAAAACAGCAUAGAAAUAGGGUCUUGCUUGAAAACGGUGAUCAGUCUCACCUUAGAAGCUCUUUGGAAAAACUUAAAGAAGGAUAAUCGGAGCAUUUCUGAUCUGUUGAUGACAUUUACUCAGCAUCCAAAUAACCUUUUGAAAACCAUAGAAACAGUAUUAGAGGCCUCCAGUGGAAUUAAAAGUGACUGUGAAGGUGAUUUGAGUAAAAGUUUAUAUUUUGGCAAACCUUUGAUUCAGAAUAUAACUCGUCAUCAACUUGCAAAAGCAAUCCAUAAUGUUUUAAGUAGAAUAGGUCUCUGGAGAAGAGGGCUUCUGUUUAACAACUCUGAAUGGACAACUUCCGCAAGAACUUUGUUUCAGCCACUUUUUGAGAUUUUUAUUAAAGCAACCACCGGAAAGAAUGUCACAGCAGAAAAAGAAGAGAGAACCAAGAAAAAGAUGAUUGACUUUCCUUAUAGUUUCAAACCACUUUCCUGUUUUGAGAAAUACCCGAGAGGAUUAUUUGUAUUGACUAAAUACUGGCAGCAAAUCCCACUGACAGAUCAAAGUGUUGUUGAGAUGUGUGAAGUUUUCCAGCAGUCUGUGAAGCCCUCAGAAGCCAUGGAGAUGCUGCAGAAAGUGAAGAUGAUGGUCCUGCGUGUGCUCACCAUUGUUGCAGAAAACUCUUCCUGGACCAAGGACAUUUUGUGUGCUACUCUGAGCUGCAAGCAAGGUGGGAUAAGGCAUCUCAUUUUAUCUGCUAUGCAAGGAGUCACUUUGGCGCAGGGCCAUUUCCAGGAGAUUGAAAAGAUAUGGUCCUCGCCCAAUCAGCUAAGUUGUGAAAGUCUUAGCAAGAAUCUUUCUAACACCUUGGAAAACUUCAAAAGCAGCUUGGAGAAUGCCACUGAACAGGACUGUGCAUGCCAGCUGAGGCUGGAGACCAUAGAGCAGCGCUUGCACAUGUUGGCCAAAAGCCUGGAGGAAACUUGGUCAUCAGGGAAUCCCAUCAUGACUUUUCUAAGCAAUUUCACAGUAACUGAGAAUGUAAAAGUAAAAGAUCUAAUGAAGAACAUCACCAGGCUGACUGCAGAGCUUCGCUCUUCCAUCCCCAUCUCGGAGGAGACUAUUCACAGCAUUCUAGAAGCAAACGUUUCGCACUCCAAGGUUCUCUUCAGUGCCCUCACGGUAGCUCUGUCUGGAAAGUGUGAUCAGGAAAUCCUUGGUCUCCUGCUGACAUUUCCUGAGGGGGAGAAAUCUUGGAUCGCGACGAAAGAACUCUGUGGCCUGCCGGGGUCAAAAGUAUAUCCUCUGAUUGUAUUGAUGAGUAGAAACCUGGAUGUUCGGGCUUUCAUUUACAAGACUCUGAUGCCUUCUGAAGCAAAUGGAUUGCUCAACUCCUUGUUGGAUGUAGUUUCCAGCCUUAACUCCUUGCUUGCCAAAGCCCAGCACAUCUUUGAGUAUCUUCCUGACUUUCUUCAUACCUUUAAAAUCACUGCCUUGCUAGAAAUGCUGGACCUUCAACAGGUUUCACAAAAUGUCCAGGCCAGAAGUUCAGCCUUUGGUUCUUUCCAGUCUGUGAUGAAGAUGGUUUGCAAGGACCCAGCAUCAUUCCUUAGCAAUUCUAACAUGUUCAUUAAUUUGCCCAGAGUCAAUGAACUCUUGGAAGAUGACAAAGAAAAAUUCAACAUUCCUGAAGAUUCAACACCAUUUUGUUUGAAGCUUUAUCAGGAAAUUCUACAAAUGCCAAAUGGUGCUUUGGUGUGGUCUUUCCUAAAACCUAUAUUGCAUGGAAAAAUACUAUACACACCAAACACUCCAGAGAUUAACAAGGUCAUUCAAAAGGCUAAUUACACCUUUCAUAUCGUGGACAAGCUAAAAACUUUAUCAGAAGCACUGCUGGAAAUGUCCAGCCUUUUCCAGAGAGGUGGAAGUGGCCAGAUGUUCAACCAGCUGCAGGAGGCCCUGAUAAACAAAUUUGUAAGAAACUUUGUAGAAAACCAGUUGCACAUUGAUGUAGACAAACUUAUCGAAAAACUCCAGAUAUACGGAGACCUGCUGGAUGAGCUGUUUAACCACACAGAUGCCGGACGCUUCCGUUUCUUAGGCAGCAUCUUGGUCAAUCUCUCUUCCUGCGUGGCGCUGAACCGUUUCCAGGCUGUGCAGUCUGUCGACAUCCUGGAGACUAAAGCACAUGAGCUCUUGCAGCAGAAUGACUUCUUGGCCAGUAUCAUUUUCAACAGUUCCUUAUUCAGCAAGAACUUCAGCUCAGAGUCUGUCAAACUGCCACCCCAUGUCUCAUAUACAAUCCGGACCAAUGUGUUAUAUAGCAUGCGAACAGAUUUGGUAAAAAACCCUUCUUGGAAGUUCCACCCUCAGAAUCUACCAGCUGAUGGGUUCAAAUAUAACUACGUCUUUGUCCCACUGCAAGACAUGAUCGAAAGAGCCAUCAUUUUGGUGCAGACUGGGCAGGAAGCUCUGGAACCAGCAGCACAGACGCAGGCGGCCCCUUACCCCUGCCAUACCAGUGAUCUAUUCCUGAACAACGUUGGUUUCUUUUUUCCACUGAUAAUGAUGCUGACGUGGAUGGUGUCUGUGGCCAGCAUGGUCAGAAAGUUGGUGUAUGAGCAGGAGAUCCAGUUAGAAGAGUACAUGCGGAUGAUGGGAGUGCAUCCAGUGAUCCAUUUCCUGGCCUGGUUCCUGGAGAACAUGGCUGUGUUGACUAUAAGCAGUACUGCUCUGGCCAUCAUUCUGAAAACAAGUGGCAUCUUCGCACACAGCAAUGGCUUUAUUAUUUUCCUCUUUCUCUGGGAUUUUGGGGUGUCAGUCGUCAUGCUGAGCUACCUCUUGAGUGCAUUUUUCAGCCAAGCUAAUACAGCAGCCCUUUGCACCAGCCUGGUGUACAUGAUCAGCUUUCUGCCCUACAUAGUACUAUUGGUUCUACAUAACCAAUUAAGUUUUGUCAUUCAGACAUUUCUGUGCCUUCUCUCCACAACCGCCUUUGGACAAGGGGUAUUUUUUAUUACAUUCCUGGAAGGACAAGAGACAGGGAUUCAGUGGAAUAAUAUGUACCAGGCUCCAGAACAAGGGAGCAUGACAUUUGGCUGGGUUUGCUGGAUGAUUCUGUUUGAUUCAAGCCUUUAUUUUUUGUGUGGAUGGUACUUGAGCAACUUGAUUCCUGGAACAUUUGGUCUACGGAAACCAUGGUAUUUCCCCUUUACUGCCUCGUAUUGGAAGAGUGUGGGUGUCUUGGUGGAGAAAAGGCAACACCCUCUAAGUUCUAGUCUGUUCUUCAGUGAGAACUUUGACAGUAAAGGGUCAUCACUGCAAAACAGAAAAGGAGAGCUUGAAGGAAAUCCCUCGGGAGUCACCCUGGUGUCUGUGACCAAGGAAUACAAGGGCCACAAGGCUGCAGUCCAAGACCUCAGCCUCACCUUCUACACAGACCAAAUCACCGCCCUGCUGGGGACAAAUGGUGCCGGGAAAACCACCAUUGUAUCCAUGUUGAUGGGACUGUACCCUCCCACUUCUGGAACCAUCAUCAUCAAUGGCAAGAACCUGCAGACAGACCUGUCGAAGGUCAGAAUGGAGCUGGGUGUGUGUCCGCAGCAGGACAUCCUGUUGGACAACCUCACCGUCCGGGAGCAUCUGCUGAUCUUUGCUUCCAUAAAGGCGCCGCAGUGGACCAAGAAGGAGCUGCAUCAGCAAAUCAGUCGAACUCUUCAGGAGGUGGGCUUAACUCAGCAUCAGCACAAACAGACCCGAGCUCUGUCUGGAGGCCUGAAGAGGAAGCUCUCCAUUGGCAUUGCUUUCCUGGGCACAUCGAGGACUGUGGUUCUGGAUGAGCCCACCAGUGGGGUGGACCCUUGCUCCCGGCACAGCGUGUGGGAUAUCCUGCUCAAGUACCGAGAAGGUCGCACAAUCAUCUUCACAACCCACCACCUGGAUGAAGCCGAAGCGCUGAGUGACUGUGUGGCCGUCCUCCAGCAUGGGAGGCUCAGGUGCUGUGGUCCUCCCUUUUGCCUGAAGGAGGCAUAUGGCCAGGGGCUCCACCUGACGCUCACAAGGCAGCCUUCUGUUCUGGAGGCCCAUGAUCUGAAAGACAUAGCUCGUGUUACAUCCCUGAUCAGGAUGCAUAUUUCACAAGCGUUUCUCAAAGAUAGCAGUGGAAGUGAGCUGACCUACGCCAUUCCAAAGGACACAGACAAGGCCUGCUUCAAAGGGCUCUUUCAGGCCCUGGAUGAGAACCUGUGUCAGCUGCACCUGACAGGCUAUGGGAUCUCAGACACCACCUUAGAAGAGGUGUUUUUGAUGCUUUUGCAAGAUUCCAACAAGAAAUCUGACACUGCCAUGGGGACUGAGUCGGAGCAGCAGAACCACAGGCCUGCAGGACAUCUGCCUGGCAACCGUGGCUCCCUAGCCCGGCCCGCACCUGUGCGGGGCCUCCCGCUGCUCCGCGCGCAGGUGGCGGCGCUCCUGGCCCGGAGGCUCCGCCGCACGCUGCGAGCUGGGAAGAGCACCCUCGCUGACCUACUGCUGCCCGUCCUCUUCGUGGCCUUGGCUAUGGGCUUGUUCAUGGUGAGGCCCCUGGCCACCGACUACCCUCCCCUCAGACUCACACCUGGACAGUACCAGUGGGAGGAGACCUACUUUUUCAGCAGUGGGGGCGAUGACUUGGACCUCACCCACGUGCUUCUGCAGAAGUUUAGAGAUCAAGAUCUGCGCUGUACAGAUUUAAACCCAGACCAGAAGAAUUCUUCAUGCUGGCACACAGAUCCCUUUUCUCACCCAGAAUUCCAGGAUUCAUGUGGCUGCCUGAAGUGUCCAAAUAGAAGUGCCAGCGCUCCCUACCUGACCAACCACCUGGGCCACACACUGUUGAAUCUCUCAGGCUUCAAUGUGGAGGAGUACUUGCUGGCACCAUCUGAAAAACCAAGGCUUGGAGGUUGGUCUUUUGGAGUACGAAUCCCCAGUGAAGCUGGAGGUGCAUACACAAACAUAUCAAAACCCCAAACUCUGGCAAAGGUGUGGUAUAAUCAGAAGGGUUUUCAUUCCCUUCCUUCCUACUUAAAUCAUCUAAACAACCUUAUUUUGUGGCAGCACCUACCCGCUACUCUGGACUGGAGACAAUACGGAAUAACACUCUACAGCCACCCAUACGGAGGGGCCCUGCUGAACGAAGACAAGAUCCUGGAGAGCAUCCGUCAGUGUGGAGUGGCCCUCUGCAUCGUGCUGGGAUUCUCCAUCUUGUCUGCAUCGAUCGGCACCUCUGUGGUGAGGGACAGGGUGACUGGAGCCAAAAGGUUGCAGCACAUAAGUGGCCUUGGCUACAGGAUGUACUGGUUCACAAACUUCCUAUAUGACAUGCUCUUUUACUUGGUUUCCGUCUGCCUGAGCGUUGCCGUUAUUGUCGCCUUCCAGUUAACAGCUUUUACUUUCCGCGAGAACUUGGCAGCCACAGCCCUCCUGCUGUCACUUUUCGGAUAUGCAACUCUUCCGUGGAUGUACCUGAUGUCCAGAAUCUUCUCCAGUUCAGAUGUGGCUUUCAUUUCCUACGUCUCACUAAACUUCAUCUUUGGCCUUUGUACCAUGCUUAUAACCAUCAUGCCCCGGUUGCUGGCCAUCGUCUCCAAAGCUAAGAAUUUACAGAAUAUCUAUGAUGUCCUCAAAUGGGUCUUUACUAUUUUUCCUCAAUUCUGCCUGGGUCAAGGGCUGAUAGAACUCUGCUAUAAUCAGAUAAAAUAUGACCUGACCCACAACUUCGGCAUUGAUUCCUAUGUGAGUCCCUUUGAGAUGAACUUUCUGGGCUGGAUCUUCGUGGAACUGGCCACGCAGGGCACAGUGCUUCUCCUCCUGAGGGUUCUGCUACACUGGGAUCUUCUGCAGUGGCCAAGGGGCCAUUCUACUCUCCAAGGCACAGUCAAAUCUUCUAAGGAUAUAGAUGUUGAAAAAGAGGAAAUGAGGGUGUUUGAAGGCAGAACCAGUGGAGACAUUCUUGUGUUACACAACCUUAGUAAACAUUAUCGACGCUUUUUCCAGAAGAUUAUUGCUGUGCAAGAUAUUAGUUUGGGCAUACCAAAAGGAGAGUGCUUUGGACUUCUAGGGGUGAAUGGAGCUGGGAAGAGCACAACUUUCAAAAUCCUGAGUGGUGAAAUUUCUCCAACUUCAGGACAUGCCUUCCUCAGGACUCCCAUGGGAGACACCGUGGACCUGUCUUCUGCUGGUGCUGCAGGCGUGCUCAUUGGCUACUGUCCACAGCAGGAUGCCCUGAACGAGCUUCUGACUGGUUGGGAACAUCUUUAUUAUUACUGUAGCUUACGCGGGAUUCCAACGCAGUGCAUCCCUGAGGUUGCUGGAGACCUCAUUAGGCGCUUACACCUUGAAGCCCAUGUGGACAAACCUGUGGCCACCUAUAGUGGGGGAACCAAGCGGAAACUCUCUACAGCCCUGGCCUUGGUGGGGAAACCUGACAUUCUUUUAUUGGAUGAGCCCAGCUCUGGGAUGGAUCCCUGCUCUAAGCGCUACCUGUGGCAAACAAUAAUGAAGGAGGUUCGGGAAGGCUGUGCUGCAGUGCUGACCUCUCACAGCAUGGAGGAGUGUGAGGCUCUUUGCACGAGACUGGCCAUAAUGGUAGAUGGCAGCUUCAAAUGUGUUGGUUCUCCUCAGCACAUCAAAAAUAGGUUUGGUGAUGGUUAUACAGUCAAAGUUUGGCUCUGUAAGGAAGCAAAUCAACAUUGCAUUGUUUCUGACCACUUGAAGCUUUAUUUUCCGGGAAUCCAGUUCAAGGGACAGCACCUGAAUUUAUUAGAAUAUCAUGUGCCAAAAAGAUGGGCAUGCCUAGCUGACUUGUUCAAAGUUAUAGAGAACAAUAAGACCUUAUUGAAUAUUAAGCAUUAUUCCAUUAACCAAACCACUUUGGAGCAGGUGUUUAUUAAUUUUGCGUCAGAGCAGCAGUCGACUCUACAGUCUACUCUUGAUCCAUCUACUGGCAGUCAUCACCCACAUCACUUGCCCAUCUGAGCACUAAAGAAGUUUCCAUAAGGAAUAAAACCUUGUCUUUCAUUGCAAUUAACAGUCAAGGAUAAAACAAGCACAUGUACAACAAAGGAGCUGAAAACACUCUCCAAGCAGUGAAAUUACAUUCUCUUGUUCAUUUUCUAUUUUGAAACUCCUUGUUAGUUAAUAACCAGCAAAUGGAAAGGUCGUUCUUUCUGUAGACUUUUGGGGAGUUUCUCCAAGAUAUUUGUUCUCUUUACCACGCCAGAUAGACACUAGCUUCUUUGUGACAAAGGCAUCGAUUGACAGUGUCCAAACUGAGACAUUCCAGAACUGGAAAGGCUGUCACAGAUUGUCCACUGUAAACAUGUCACUUUACUAUUAAGAAAACUGAACACCCCAGGUUAAAAAACUUUACUAACUUAUUUGUAUAGAAAAUAGUAACAAGGACUAUUUUCUAUUGUUGUCAUCUUUUGACUAGGCACAUGUUUUUAAUGAUAUUAAUGUGGGCUUUUAUUAAUACUGAUGACAUGGUAUGAAAAAGCCACCAAUUUCUACAUAUAAAAGAAGACUUUUUAAAAAACAGAAUUUAAAAAGCUUUUAGUUUACCCUUCAGCAAAAUUAAUUAAAUCGAACUAGUUAUUCUGUAUCAGUUACAGUAGUUUUACCAGAAUCUCACAGAUUAUAAUUUUUCAGGGUAGAGAAAUAGAAUGUAGAUGCAUUUUAUUUUUCUUAAUUUGGAUGAAUAAUUAUGUUUCUUUAUUCUAAGUCAGUGGUUUUCAAAGUUUCCAUAUUAGCUGGAUUACCAUCUCCUGGGAACUUGCAAGAAAUGGGCAUUCUUAGGAUCUACUCUAGACCUAGCAAAUUUCAAAUUCUGGAGCUUAAACAAGCACAUUCCAGUUUAAGAACCAAUGACUUAUGGGAAUGUCUAGUUACUUCUUAGUUAUACACGCAAAAUUGGCAUAUAGGAUGUAGUUUAUUUUUAAAUAUAUUAUUAAAAACUUGGUAAAAAUUAUGUCAUUCUCGAAAUUGUUGUCUUCGGAGCAUUGUCAGAUAUGAAGUGCUCAGUUGUGGCUCUUAAAGUCCGUACAAAUCUGCUAUUUUGCAACCUUUGGUUAGGAAAAUGUAUAAAAUCAAUCCAUUACUGAAAUAGUUUCCACUCAGACAUUUCUGAGUUCAGAUAUUUCUCAACAUUCUUUUACGAGAUUUUUCUAAGUCCUCAAUAGACAAUCACAUUCGCCUUGUUUAAAAUUUUGAUAUUUUCAACACUAGCAUUGAGUUCCACUAGCUUGUGACCAAAGGAAUAUACUUCAUUAUGGAUUUCUUUACUAAAGCAAGAUUUCAUUAAACCUCUCUUUCCUAAAUAUCAUUCUACAUAGAGAUAUUUUUAAAUGGUAAGGAUUAAGACAAUCACAGAUAGCUUUGUUGUGAGCAAUUUUUAUUCUCAUGUAUCACAUGAAUUACACUUCUUUAAACAAAUUACAGUUUACGGCUACAUGAUUUAUUCUCUAAUUCUAACAUAGUCUAGUUGUCAUAAUGAAAUACAUAAUCUUUUUUAUGAUUGUUGAAUCAAUAAAUACCAAUUUGUUAAAUAUGAACGUGUUUAAACUGCAGUGAAUAAAUGAGAUGUGCUUUAAUUUAA